AUGGAAGACAACCUACUUAUUAAUACCCUUAAAUCCUUUAACGAGUUAACCGAAGAGGAUCAGAAAAAGUGUAAGGAAAUCUUCGAGAGGCCUCUCUCUCCCAAAUUGCAAGAUAAUAAAUACAUAAAGUUCACAAAGGAGAUUCUCGAAAAAUAUCCAAACGAAACUUGGAAGAAACCAUGCUUUCUGACAUUCCAGAUAAUAUCCUUACAUAUCCAGUAUAGUGCCCUGAUUUUUAGUCUGUGUGGCGUUUUUGAAAAUUUCCAUUUAGUUUUAUACGCCGGAGUUUUGGAAAAUGCAAAAGUUCCAGCUAAAGAGCAAUUUAUUUGUGAUAUUUUGAACAAUUUAGUUAAAACAGAGAUACCCAAACUAAAGAAUUUCAGUGUGAAAUUUGUCCUACUUCAAAACAAUUCGAUCAAUCAUAAUGUCGUCAACAUUCUAUCGGAAAUGGAGCAGAGCAUCUGCAGUGAUUUUUUAUUUAUUGCUGAUUUUGGAUACUGGAGAUACUCGAGUUUACAUAAUCCUUAUGCCCAAAAUGCCUGUUUUGAGAUCUUAAAUACCUCCAUUUCUGCUGAGAACAUACAAGGACUCUUCAACAAAUAUGAAACAAUUGCUGACCGAAAGAAUCUCAACUAUCUGAAACAAUUUGUAAAUGAUUACUAUAAAUUAUCCCUAUUACUUCUGGCUGGAAAAUCUCCUAUAAUUCUGCACCUUUGUACCUUGGAGUGUUUGGAUAAUUUUGAGAUGAUAAUCUGCAGCCACAUAAAUGGAUUCAAGGAGCAAAGGGUGACUCGAAAAUUGAUCUUUCAACUUUUGAGGGCAUUAUUCAUCAUUUACGACCGCUAGUGCAGGCCAUCGAACUAAAAAUAAGAAUUAUUCGCACAGUAUAAAGUUCGUGGGCGAACACAAA